AUGACUUAUUGCACACUCACAUCUGCCAUUGACGAGCUUGUUCACAGCCUGUGUUUGGAAAGCUUCCCCUGUGACAGAGGAAGCUGGCUCAAACCAUCAUUAAAAGGCUAUGAAGACUGGCAUGAUGAUAAGAACACCAAAGCACAGUCAGAUGACUCAGACAAUCUCCAUGUCCUGCUCAAAGGUCCACUAUCACCAUGGCAUGAGGGUGCAUCAUGGAGCCCUCAGUCAUUAGUCUUGAGAGAACUGGCAGCAGUUAAGGCAACAAAAAAACAUAAUGCCAAACUCAUAUAUUCAUUCUUAAAAACACUACGGAUCGUGAAUAAAGGGGUCUCGGUCAUAGAUGAAGGAUUGUUAAGGCUCAGUUGUGUGGAAGAGCUCAUAUUAACUGUUAACAACAUUACUGAGGUCCCUUUUAAGAACCUUCCAAAAACACUUAAGGUUCUUGAACUUUAUGGCAAUCAGAUUUCCAGUCUCAGAAGUCUGAUCACAGACCUUCCUCCUCAUCUACUGCAUUUAGGCCUAGGGCACAACCGGCUUGGUUCUCCUGAUGAUCUCCAGUAUUUUACUGCCAGUCUGUGGCCCCAGCUGAUGUCUCUGGAUCUGAGUUGGUCUGGGUAUACGGAACAGUAUGGUCUCGUGGAUGUGCUCUCUAAAUUGCCUCACCUUCGGAGUUUAGUUCUAGAGGGCAACCCUUUAACCUUAACCACCUUAUACCCAGGCUUUACCGUGGACAGCUUAGUUCACUUGCUCUACCUGGAUGCAAACCAAGUAACACCUGAAGACAGGCUUCACUUUAGGGGCCUUGCCCAAAUAGGAGCAUCAGUCUCUGAAGAAGCAGAAAUCACAGUGUGUGUUAACAAGAUGAAGGGUGUUCCCAACUCCAAUUGGCUGUUGGAUGGUGCAGCUGACUUCCCAAUGGUCAGCUACAGUUAUUCAGUGUCUUUUGAAUUCCUUGAUGAAGCUCAAACCCAAAAAAGUCACAUUUAUGCUGGGAGCCAAACAUCAGAAAAUAUCCCACAGGACCAAGGAGAGAAUAAGAAAGUAACAUCAAUCCCAUGUGUGACAUCAAAUCAGCAGGGUAAUGCUUCCAGCACCCCCAUAGCUAUAAACUGGACAUCAAAGCAAGAGUGGGCUGAAGAAAUCGAGUUUAAUUAUGCAAGCACACAUCGCAUUAGAGACCUGGCAGCUCUCAAGAACUUUAUUCUCCGAGGCCUUUGGCUCACUGUGGAAGAGCAGAAGGUUUUGUCUUGGCCUGCACCUUCAAUGGAAAGUGCUGGAAUCAAAGUAUCAACAAACAUGAAAGAUAAAGAGGUCAAAAUUGCAAGUACAAAAUCCAAAAAGAAGAAGAAGAAAAAAGAAAAAGACCCAGAGCUCAAGCUGGUACAUGAACAACCUAUCAAGCGAACACUUGGUUUAGUACAUGUUAAGCUAAAAGAUCUAUUGGAGGGGAAAAAUCAAAUUGAAGAGCAGUGUGAUUUUGUGGUGCAGCACUCAGAACCUACCAUCAGAACAGCAGCCACCCAGGAAAAGGACAAAAUUAAGAAGCCUAAGGAAGACAAUAAUGAAGACAAGCUGUUAAAGCCAACUAAUUUAAAAGGAAAAGAAAAAGGAUGCAUGAAGACUGUGACUGAAGCCUUGGAUGAAGAAAGCAACCCUUCCAAAAUGAAGCCUCUAACUGUGGACUUCAGUAUUCGGGUGGACAAAUGGACUCCUGAUUUGCAAGCAUUAAAUAGGCUAUGUUGAAAAGGGUUUAUUUUAUUCUGCUCAGGAUUUUUUUUGCUUAGUAUAUUAUAACCAAAUUAGAUGCAUAACCCAUUUUGUAUGUAUGUUUUAAUGCAAUAAAACUGAU